UCUUGAUUCGGAUUUGCACUUGGGACACUUUGCUACGGUAUUGUCCCCUUCGUUUGCAUUGUUUGGCCGCUCUUCACGGCCAUUUGCUGGUCUACAAGGAAGCAAUUUGCUUCUCUGAUUCGCUCUUCCAUUGAAAAGAGAACCUUUUAUUAGUUUGAUUAUUAUACAAGUUAACAAUUUAAUAAAGAGGAAAGAAAAGUUGCAUCAUGUUGUUGUUAAUCUAAUUGGUUUUAGAGUCAGUUCUCUGCAUUUGAGGCUUUUCUUUUCUUUCUUUUGGCUUUUUUUUUCUCCUUUCUCUGUGUUUGUGCUUUUAGAUCUCCAAGGGAAGAAGUUAAGUUAGUUGCAUAAAAGGAAGAACCUGGUCCCCACCCUCAGUUCUUGGAACAUCUUUAUUUCCAUUUUAAGGGGAACCGUUUUGGUUAUGGUUAAACUAAUUUGGAUGAAGUGGACGUUGUGAUUCUUGAGGCUUUUCUUGCUCUUUCUUCUGUUCUGAGAGUAACUGAUCUUUAGCUCUUCAAGAGUUUUUUUUCCUAGGGGAAGAAAAAUGAAGUUCAUGAAAAUUGGGUCGAAGCCAGAUUCGAUUAAAACUGAUGGGAAUAAUGUCAGGUACGUAGAAAAUGAACUGGCUAGUGACAUUACUAUCAAUGUUGACGGAUCGAAAUUUUGUUUACAUAAGUUUCCUCUUCUGUCUAAAUCUGCAUGCCUGCAAAAGCUUCUCUCACGCACGGACAAGAACAAUGCCGAUGAGGUUGAUAUCUCUGGUAUACCUGGCGGACCAACUGCAUUCGAGACGUGCGCUAAGUUCUGCUACGGUAUGACAGUAACACUAAGUGCCUACAACGUCGUGGCUACAAGAUGUGCAGCUGAGUACUUAGGAAUGCACGAGACGGCCGAGAAAGGAAACUUGAUCUACAAGAUCGAUGUGUUUCUAAACUCGAGCCUCUUCCGUAGCUGGAAAGACUCCAUCAUUGUUCUUCAGACCACUAAAACGUUCUCACCUCUCUCCGAGGACCUCAAACUUGUUAGCCUCUGCAUCGAUGCCAUAGCGAGCAAGGCCUGUGUAGAUGUAUCCCACGUUGAAUGGUCUUACACUUACAACAGAAAGAAACUGGCUGAAGAGAACAAUAGUGCGGAUCAAGUAAGGGCUCGAGAAGUUCCACAUGAUUGGUGGGUCGAGGAUCUGUGUGAGCUCGAGAUUGAGUUUUACAAGAGGGUUAUAAUGAACAUCAAAUCGAAAGGUGUACUUGGAGGAGAAGUUAUCGGAGAAGCUUUGAAAGCUUAUGGAUAUAGAAGAUUAUCUGGUUUUAACAAAGGUGUGAUGGAACAGGGAGAUUUGGUGAAGCAUAAGACCGUUAUAGAGACGCUUGUUUGGUUGCUACCGGCUGAGAAAGACAGCGUCUCUUGCGGUUUCUUGCUUAAACUGUUGAAAGCAGUUACUAUGUUAAAGUCCGGAGAGACGGUGAAGGAACAGCUCGUAAGAAGAAUAGGACAGCAGCUCGAACAAGCUUCUGUCGCGGAACUCUUGAUAAAAUCUCAUCAAGAAAGCGAAUCUUCAUUGUACGAUGUGGAUUUAGUGAAGAAGAUAGUUGUUGAGUUCAUGGCAAGAGAUCAAAACAGUGAGAUAGAGGUUGAAGAUGAUGACGAAGUUGAAGAGAUAAAGAAAUUUCCUGGGAUUUUAUCCGAAGCUUCAAAGCUGAUGGUGGUCAAACUGAUUGAUAGCUACCUCACUGAGAUUGCUAAAGAUCCAAAUCUUCCUGCAUCAAAAUUCAUCGAUCUUGCUGAGAGUGUUUCUAGCAUCUCUAGGCCGGCACAUGAUGGGCUCUACCGUGCUGUUGACAUGUAUCUUAAGGAACAUGCAGGAAUCACAAAGGGAGAGAAGAAAAGGAUGUGCAAGCUGAUGGAUUGCCGGAAACUGUCGGUGGAAGCGUGUAUGCACGCCGUGCAAAACGACAGGCUUCCUCUACGUGUGGUGGUUCAAGUACUCUUCUUCGAACAAGUGAGAGCGUCUGCUUCGUCGGGAAGCAGCACACCUGAUUUGCCCAAAGGCAUAAGGGAGCUACGCAGCUGCGGGACAUACGGAAGCUCAAGAUCAGUGCCGACGGUUAUGGAAGACGAAUGGGACACGGUGGCAACUGAAGAGGAAAUGAGAGCACUGAAGAGCGAGAUAGCCGCACUGAAGCUGCAGGAAGAGAGUGGACGUAAGAGCACGGAUAAAGCGGCGGUGACGGCGAUAAGCAGAGUGAAAAGUUUGAUAAUGUCAAGGAAGAUGUUCGGGAAGAAGUUGCAGGGCAAAGGAGGAGGAGGAGAGAAGAACAAUGGAGGUGGUGGCUCAGAUUCGUCGGAGAGUCUUGGAUCUGUAACUGAAGAGGCGGCUAAAACGGCAACGCCUUCGAGAAACUUGACUAGGAAGGUUUCUGUUUCUUGAUGAAUAAGGUCUUUACAAACAUGUUUGAAAGGUUUUCCUUUAGAUUUAUAUGAAUCAACUGUAAUUUCUUUGACUAUUUUGUUUGGUCUGUUUGCAAAAGAGAUCCUUUAUUAUAA